UUGGAAGUUAAAACGGAAUAGUGUUGAGUCAGGUCGUCUAUAGCAGGUCACAUCUAUAUAUAACCCUGACAGCCUCUGGCCACACUAAACUAAAACGCACGGGCUGCAAGCUGGAGUGCUCCAGGGCACCCGUUCACAUCAACAGAAUGGAUGAACAGGAAAGCAUAAAUGAGGAACUUAUCGAGUUUGCCAUUCGAGAGAGCAUUCCAGAUGCCCACAAGCUGCCAUGUUCGAACAGGAAGGAAUCAAACAGUGACGACUUAGUCAAGAUAAUGGCAGCCAUUCACAAGGGUGAUGUGUAUGGGCUGCAGGAGCUGUCAGGUUGUGUGUCUGCCUUCAGAGAGAGCGACAGCAGGGGCCGGCUGCCUCUGCAUGCAGCAGCUGUGCAGCCACAGCAAGACGUCCUGUAUGUGGUGCUGCAGGCAGUGUUGACAUCUACAGACCUGACCCUGGAGGAGCCGACAGAUGAUGGGGACACGUCUCUGACUCUGGCAGCAGAGGCCGGCCUGGUGGAAAAUGUCAGGAUGCUGCUGCAGCACGGAGCAUCACCGCACAACACCAACAGCAGGAAUGAGUCGCCUCUGCUGAUUGCAGUAAGACAGAGAUCAUACGACAUGGUUGUAGCCCUCGUCAUGGGUGGGGCCUUUGUGGAGCAGGUGUGUCUCACUAAGUGGACGGCCACACAUGAAGCUGCAAAGGUGGGUUGUCCAGCUAUCAUGAUGCUGCUGCUUCAACACGGAGCCAAAGUAACAGCCAGAGGCGUGCAUGGGGUGACUCCUCUGGGAAUCGCAGCUGAAUAUGGCAACACUGAAGCCUUGGAGAUACUCAUACAGCAUGGUGGUGACGUGAAUGUCCAGUCCAGCAAUGGAGACACCGUCCUGUAUGAUGCAUCUGGAUCUGGAAACCUGGACUGUGUCGAGCUGCUCCUGCGCCACGAAGCCGACCCAAAUAUAGCCAGCUACGCCUGCCUGCUGCCCAUCCACAGAGCUGCAUAUGAGGGACACAUACUAGUCCUGAGGAUGCUCAUCUCCAUUACCACAAAAAGAGCUAUCAGUCUCUCAGGCCAGAACCCCAUCCACUCAGCAGCUGACGGGGGACAGGUCAAGUGUCUGGAGCUGCUAAUUCGGAAAGGAUAUGAUGUCAACGCCUUGCUGAAAACACACAUCUCUGAGAACUACGGGGACCUCAGGAAGACUGCUCUGUACUUUGCUGUUUCCAACGGUGAUGUAACCUGUGCUGAGAUGCUGCUGGCAGCUGGUGCAAACCCUGACCUGGACCCACUGCGAUGCAUCCUGGUCGCUAUACGCGCUGAGAGGUAUGAGCUGGUGCAGCUGUUGCUGUCCUAUGGAGCAGAGGUGAAUUGUUACUUCAGAGUGAUCAACAACACACUGUUCCCCACUGCCCUGCAGUACAGCCUAAGGGACCCUGUCAUGCUGCAGUUGCUGCUCAACAGUGGAUAUCAAGCUUACAGGUGUUUCCAUUGUUGCCAUGGUAACAGUGAAGAAAUUGAUAGUAGCUGGACUGACCUCCAUAACCAAGCCUACCAGAUUUACAGUCGACCUAACGUCAUCUCAUUCUGCGAGUUUGUAUCUGUGCCGUGGGUCACACAUCUGGUCGGCAGUGUUGUAAGGAUGCUCCUGGACUACGUCAGCCACGUCAACAUCUGUCCCAUCCUCAAACGCGUCCUGGAGAAUACGCCCGAGUGGGAUGAGAUUUCUGACAUACUGAGCAAGCCACGGUCCCUGCAGCACUUGUGUCGUCUGGUAAUCAGAGGUCACAUGAGCCUCAGGAUGCUGAAUGACCCUGAAGCUGUGGCUGCUGUCCCAUAUCCUCCGAGACUGAAGAACUACCUGACCUACAAAGAGUGACCUGUAUGAUCUCUCCUCUACGUGAAACACAUUCUAUUUAUACAAGUGUGAUUGAAACACUAAU